CUCCUCGUGGCAUCAGCGACCGCUGAUCAAGAUGUGGCUGAAGAUGUUCCCAGUCGCAGAUAUCUACAAAUUAUUGAACAAAACGUUAAAAGACCGAAUCCUUACGAGGUUGUGAAGCCGUGGCCAUACGGAAGUCAACGCGAUGUCGUCUCUAAAUCAGUGAGGGUAGAUUACAAUCCGCUAGAUACUAAUGUCAACUCUAAUGUAAACGGAAACAAUGCUAUGAAGAUCGCAAAUCUCAUGUCAGUUAUGGCCAAAAACUCGGUUGCAGAUCAAAAUGCAGGACGCAACGGUUUUGGCCAAGAAGUAAAGUCACAAAUUCGUAUGUAUCAUGUUCCAAGCUCUGAAAAUCAAAAUUCGUUCAGUGUUGUACUCAAAAAAAGAAUGUCACCCGAAGGAGAAAUUGAAACCGUUGAAUACAAAGUACCGGACCAAUAUAUCCAGCCCCAGGAUCUCCGAAGCAAUAGUUUGAAUAAUGUUCAGUCCCUAUCGAGUUACAAGAUAACAGAUACUUUAAGAGAACCAAACAAGUUUGUCGCAGAACAAGAGUUUGCCUCCAGUAAGUACAUGCAGAAAGCACCGAACACGUAUAUUGAUUCUCAGUUAAAGCUCGGAAGAAAUACGCAUGAUGAAAUACGUGACGAAUCAACUUCGGGAUCGGUAGAAUACAAAGAAGACGCUGAAUUAAAUUAUAUAAGAGCCGAAAAUCUGCGUGGCGGUGCUCACAGUGAUGAAUACGCAAAACAAAAGAGGUUCUAUGAAUCGCGCAGUAAUAGUUUGAACCACGAUCAAUAUAAAGCUAUAAAUCAGGAAGCAGGAUACAACAUUGAUGGACAAAGGCAGUUGGAUCCUACAUUUUUAGAAUCUGAUAUUGAAGUGGUUAGUGAAAAAAAAGAAAAUUAUAGUCCAUAUGACUUAUACGAUAAACGAGAGAACGUGAUAAAAGAUAGGUAUACAUAUGGUCACAGUCCUGCUCAACGUUAUCAAAACGCAUUUGCAGUUAAUAAUUACGGCUCUGGAAGGAAUAAAGUGAAACCGUAUUACGGAAAUUACUUCGAAAACUAUCAACAGCCACAAAUCGUAGAUACCACGCAAAGUAUGAAGGAAAAAAUAGAUUUCAAUACUGAGAGCGUCAGUCCAGACUUUGAAUAUAAAAGCAAAAUGAAAAACUAUCAAAACUAUGUAGACGUUCAGCAAAAACCGUACGGUAAUAAUGAACUUGAUAGGUUUAAAAGCGCUGCCGGAUAUACCCAUUACGAAAAUCCAUUAACCAGAGUUGAUAAAAAACAAAACUAUAUUAAUUACGAACAACAAUAUUACCCAACCAGUUCAACUGUUCGAGACAGCAAGGGUUCGAUAAAAUUAACUGAGUUAAAAAAAAACAAUGCUAAUUAUCAAGCCGGCACAGUGCUCCAGGAGUUCCAAGAUACAGAGGAAUUUAAAAACCAGUACAAUUCUAAAGUAAAUUUUGUUACACCAAUUGAUAAAUGGGGCCAAACUAAAGAAGAAACCCUUAGUGUUUUAGAACGUGGAAUAUUAAUAGAUCUUAUAGCGCAAAGUAUAAAUAAAUUUAGGAUUACACUGAAGGAACUUCAAGUUGCAGGUGCUCGUUUUGGAAAUAUGCAGUGCGCUGAAAAUGGUUCGCUCUUACGACGAGCUGCAGCGACGAAAUUAGCACAGGAUGAUUCGAAUUCAAAUUCGCUGAAGUUCAAAGCCAGACAAACAGAAAAAGUUAAAUCGAAAUUAAAUAUUCCCACUAUCUUUGGAAAUGAACAGAUAAAAACAGAAAACGAAGAUGACGUAGAGACUCAGUUUUCAGUAAAGGAGAAAUUCAGUCCAAACAUGAAUAAUAAUAAUCAAUUUAAUUACAUGGCAAGCGAUAAAAAGUUAGAAUUGAUGCAAAGUCAACAAUUACCGUUGAACUAUCAAGAAUUUAUCAUCGGAGAACAGUCAAGAUUUGAGCCAGCGCACCUUAAAGAAGAACAAGGCGCAUAUCAAUUUACUUCAGUGAAUAAUCCAACUGGCUAUCAAACUGGCUUGUAUCAGGGAAACAAAAUUGAUUUUACUUUAUUAGGCGAACAGAAGCUUAUCGACCAAAGAGUUCCUUAUAAUCGUGAAGUCAUCGAAAAUAGCUCCAAUGAAAGAUUUAACGAAGAACACAAGAUGUCGAUAAGCGGGGAAUUAAACGGGCCUAACCAAAAUAUGCCGGAAAAAAAUUACCAGAAUUUGAGGUAUAAAGCUGAAAUUAAAGACGAUUACGAUCGAAGGGACAGUCAAACCAUUAAGAAUUCCAUCUUCAUUAACAAUAAAUAUAAUUUAAACAACGUCAAUGAUCGAUUUUCAAUUGCUAGUAUACUAAAAGAUUCUAUGGGGAGCUUAUCCGAUGAAGAAAUAUUCGUGAUGCAGCUCAACUCGAUCGACCAGAACAACAAUUUGCCACUGCUGAGGGAGAAACUCAUCGAACUCCUUAAAAUGAUUAGAUCGAAAUGGACGUAUCUACAGAAAUUCAUAAGCAUAAUUUUGAAACUGGACAAUGGAAACUGUUUCGUGAACAGCGAUCAGCUAAAGGCCUUGUUUAAUAAUCAAGCUUAUAGCGAUUUGGAAAUGACGAAAGUAGGUUACGGAAAUGUUUACAUGAAGUAUUAUCCGUGUAGAAUCGGCACUCAAAUGAUAACUCCUUGUGAUCGUUGUUUCUGCAAAUACAAUGGAAUCUUGGUCUGUCAGAAAAAAGUACUUUGCGGACGCUGAGGUUAACAUAGAUAGAUAAAUGAAGUUACAGCGAGAAAUAUAUGUCGGCUUAUCAAUUUGAGGGAUUUUGGUUUAAAUUUUUAAUA